GCAUCACAUAAAUAAUGCACCACCUGUAGAAUCAACAAACUACACCAUGGGGCAAAAGAACAAUCUUUGAUGCCUUUCCUCCAAAGUAUAUGCUUAAGCUUCUUAAUCAAAAAGUAAAUGCUUAGGUUAAAUGUUACCUGCUCUCUAGUUCCUGGCCGGCAACAAGUGAACCAUGCUGGAGGAAGUUGCAGUUCAUGGAUAGUUCAUGUUAACAAAGCACAGAUCCUAUCAAAGAGGUUCACAGCAAAAGCCCUGAAAGAUGAGAUGAACGGAGGAACCGGUGGGCUACCAGGUCGGAGUUGGGACCCUGGGUUGGAAUUUGAAGUGCCAUUUGAACAGAGGCCGGUGAAUGAAUACUCAUCUCUCAAAGAAUCAGCAAUGUAUUCCUGGGCUGAGUUGGAUCCAGGUUCAUUCUUCCUACGUCUUGGGGGCCUUUGGUUCAUUACUUUCACAGUUUUAGGAGUGCCCAUUGCAGCUGCUAGCUUUGAUCCUUCCAAGGAUCCCUUACGAUUUGCCCUAGCUUCUGGUACAGGAACAACUCUUUUAGUAGCACUGAUUGUUCUGAGGAUUUAUCUGGGAUGGAGCUAUGUUGGGGAUAGGCUUCUAUCGGCUGUUGUACCUUAUGAAGAGACUGGAUGGUAUGAUGGUCAAAUGUGGGUAAAGCCACCUGAGAUUUUGGCUCGCGAUAGGCUUCUGGGGUCGUACAAGGUGAAACCAGUCAUUGCGUUGCUGAAACAGACCCUAGUGGGAACAGGGGCGUUUCUGGUAGCAGCAGUCUCGUUAUUCAUAUUCGCUACCCCAGUAGAAGAUUUCAUCCACAACACAUUUACGACAGAAGAGUAUUCAUCCAAUGGAUCCAGUUCAAGGAACAACACGAAAUUCAACAUAAGGAAAAAUGACCUGUUGAGAUUGCCGAUGGAGGUGAAGGACGAUGAUGAUCUGGCGGCGGCGGCUGCAGAGGCCGCCGAUGGAAGGCCCGUCUACUGCAGAGAUAGGUAUUAUCGUGCACUGGCCGGAGGACAGUACUGCAAAUGGGAGGACCUUCUAAAAUGAUCAAGGCGUGGAAUAGUAUAAAGUAGAAACGAAGGUUAUCGUUGUUUGUUUUGAAUUAUUACUGAUGCGCAAACAUUCAGAAGAAUGCUUUGAAAUUUUGAAUUCUAUUAUGCUUCAACCUCUAUAAAAAUCUAAAUUCUAAGAG